AUGGAAGUUCUUGGAGAGGUUGUUCUUUCUGUGUCCCUUGAACUCUUGUUGAGCAAACUGGCCUCCUCUGAUUUGUGGAAGUACGCACGCCAAGAGCAAGUCCACACCGAGCUCAAGAAAUGGAAGACAAGACUGUUGGAGAUUCGGGAAGUGCUCGACGAUGCUGAGGACAAGCAGAUCACUAAGCAGCACGUGAAAGCAUGGCUCGCACAUCUCAGGGAUUUGGCUUAUGAUGUGGAGGACGUCUUGGACGAGUUUGGCUACCAAGUGAUGAGAAGAAAGUUGGUGGCGGAGGGUGAUGCGGCCAGCUCAAGCAAGGUACGCAAAUUCAUCCCUACUUGUUUCACUCCAAUUCAGGCUAUGCGGAAUGUUAAGCUGGGGUCCAAGAUAGAGGACAUCACUCGCCGAUUAGAAGAAAUUUCAGCUCAGAAGGCUGAGCUUGGUUUGGAAAAGCUCAAAGUGCAGAUCGAAGGCGCCAGAGCAGCUACUCAAAGCCCAACCCCUCCACCACCUUUGGUAUUCAAACCUGGGGUAUACGGCAGGGAUGAAGAUAAAACCAAGAUACUAGCCAUGCUUAAUGAUGAAUCCCUCGGUGGCAAUCUGUCUGUAGUCUCGAUCGUGGCCAUGGGUGGGAUGGGAAAAACUACGCUGGCAGGUCUAGUGUACGAUGAUGAGGAGACAUCCAAACAUUUUGCUUUAAAAGCUUGGGUUUGUGUGUCUGAUCAAUUUCAUGUGGAGACCAUAACCAGGGCAGUUUUACAGGACAUUGCUCCAGACAACAAUGAUUCGCUGGCCUUUCAUCAAAUUCAACGCAAACUGAGGGACGAAACCAAGGGAAAAAGAUUUUUGAUAGUUCUUGACGAUUUGUGGAAUGAUAAAUAUGAUCAAUGGGACAGCCUAAGCUCCCCUCUCUUGGAGGGAGCACCGGGAAGCAAGAUCCUCGUCACCACUCGCAAUCUGAAUGUUGCUACUAUGAUGGGAGGAGAUAAAAGCUUUUAUGAGCUAAAACAGUUGCCUGAUGAUUAUUGUUGGUUGGUGUUUCAAAAACAUGCUUUUGGAAACAGAAAUGUCAAUGAUCAUCCGAACUUGGCAUUGAUCGGAAAGGAAAUUGUACAGAAAUGUGGAGGCCUGCCCUUGGCAGCAAAAGCGCUUGGUGGUCUUCUGUGCAGUGAACACAGAGAAGAUAAGUGGAAUAUUAUACUAGCUAGCAAAAUAUGGAAUUUACCUGGUGAUAAGUGUGGUAUUCUUCCUGCGUUGAGAUUGAGCUACAAUCAUCUCCCUUCACAUUUAAAAAGGUGUUUCGCUUAUUGCGCAUUAUUUCCCCAAGAUUAUGAGUUUAAGAAGGAAGAGCUAAUCCUCUUGUGGAUGGCGGAGGGGUUAAUUCAACAAUCAAAUGAGGAUAAGAAAAUGGAAGAACUUGGUGGUGAUUAUUUUUGUGAACUAUUGUCAAGGUCAUUUUUCCAAUCGUCCAAUAGCAAUAAAUCACGAUUCGUUAUGCAUGACCUUAUCAACGAUCUAGCUAAAUCUAUUGCUGGAGACACAUGCUUGCAUUUGGAUGAUGGGUUGUGGAAUGAUUUGCAACGCUCCGUUCUUGAAAAUACUCGUCAUUCAUCAUUCAUCCGUCAUCGUUAUGAUAUCUUUAAAAAAUUUGAAAGGUUUCAUAAGAAAGAGCGCUUGCGCACGUUCAUAGCUUUGCCGAUUGAUGAACAACGAACAUGGGUGAUCACUUCAUAA